AUGAAGCCCACGAUGCGAAUGUACAUUAGAAGUGCGUUUCUGAUGUCGAUCUUUGUUGCGUUCUGCAUGAGCCAAAAACCUGAAGGGGACGAAUCGGGUCGUUCGGGUCCGCCAGGUCCGCAGGGUUUGCCAGGUGAGCGGGGUUUGCCAGGUGAGCCAGGUCCGCAAGGUGAGCCGGGUCCGCAAGGUGAGCCGGGUCUGUCAGGUGAGCAGGGUCUGCCAGGUGAGCCAGGUCAGCCAGGUCUGCAGGGUCUGCCAGGUCAGCCAGGUCUGCAGGGUCCGCCAGGUCUGCAGGGUCCGCCAGGUCAGCUGGUUGAGAAGAAGCCUGACAAGGAAGGCGAGUCUUGCAAGGAUGAUGACAAGUCCGGCAAGGGAGACAAGUCUUGGAAGAAAGAUAAGUUUUGGAAAAAAAAUAAGUUUGGUAAGAAAGGUAAGGGUGAUGACAAGGGUGGCGACAAGGGAUGUGACAAGAGCGGCGACAAGAAGGGCGACAAGGGGAGCGACAAGGGCUGCGAGAAAGAUAAGUCCAGUGACAAAGAAAAGUCUGGUGAUAAAAAUGAGUGUUGGAAAAAAAAUAAGUUUUGUAAGAAGGGUAAGGGUGGUGACAAGAGUGGUGACAAGGGUGGCGACAAGGGAUGUGACAAGAGUGGCGACAAAAAGGGUGACAAGGGUGGCGACAAGGGCUGCGAGAAAGAUAAGUUCAGUGAUAAAGAUGAGUUUUGGAAAAAAAAUAAGUUCGGUAAGAAGGGUAAGGGUGGUGACAAGGGUGAGGACGGUGAAAAAACGAAGUCGAAAUUUGGCAAAAAAUACUAA